UCUAAAUAACUGACAAUGUCAGCUGCCCUUCACAAUAAAAUCACAAUAACUUCCAAAGGUUUAUAGACAUUGUAAAUAUGACGGCUCCAUCAUUGCCUAUCUUACAACCUAGGCUUCUGCUAGGUUUACAGACUCACAUGCAAGGUAAUGCACAAUUUAUAUCUGAUGAAGAAAUUUUGUAUCCAGUCGGAUCAGUGCUUGCAUUACAUAACAUCAACCAGAAAAGGCAGAAAUAUAUCAGGUUACCUGAAAGGGGCAAAAAUGUAACUUCAGUUGUGGUCAGUCCAAACAAAAAACUCAUAGGGGUUGUAGAAUCAGGAGAAAAGCCCCAAGUCACUCUAUACGACUCAAAAACGUACAAGAGAAAGAAACAGAUAUCCGUACCAACCGAUAAGGGUGAGACCGUCUUCGCAUCCAGAUUUGCUGCAGUCACCUUCACCCAAGACUCCAAAAACCUGAUUUGCGUCUCAGGAGAACCAGACUGGCUGUUGUACUCCUUCAAAUGCGAAAAAGGAAAGCUAGAAAGUACAGCUAGAGCCAACAACGCUAACGGCACCGGUACCGUCAUUGAGAUUUCAGGCAACCCAGUGGAUGCGAAUCAGUUGGUUCUUGUUGGAGAGAGCCUGUUGAGGAUGCUGCAAUGUGCUGAUUUCCAAUGGAGACAAUUUGGCUACAGCAAGAGCGACCAGAUGGUGUUGAACACCGCUUGUUGGCUGUCGCAAGACAGAAUCCUGAUAGGAACCAAAGACGGAAAGUUCCUCUUCCUUGAGAGUGGUGAAUUGAAGACUAUCUUCCAAGCCAACGACCUUCCAGUAAUGAACUUGAGGAUCAAAGAAGAGUCUCAACCACAAACUGGUUCCCAGACCAGCAUCCCCGUUGAAGCUUUCGAUACCCAGGAGUCGGGGCAGAACUACUGCAUCAAGUCCUUGAUCAACUUCUCCAGAGGCUUCGCGUUCGGGUAUAUGAACGGUACAGUGCACCUAUACGAGAAGGAGACCCCUCACAAGUAUCGCAAGAGGAAUGUCUUCAGGAUACCGGACCACACCAUCGUUAGGGAGUACGAGAAAGCUUCGGAAGAUGUGAUGACUGAGGUCAACUGCAUAAGCAUCAACCCUGCCCAGGACAGACUGAUGGUGAGUUGCAAGGAGAGUCAGCUGUACUCCGUUAGGUUAUGGCUUCAAGACAUCAACUCCAGCGCUGAAGUGGCUUUCACAGAGUUCGGUUACGUCCUUCACAACGGACCGGUUGGUUCUAUGGCCCUUUGCGCAUGGAAGCCCAUCCUUUUGACAGCAGGUCAAAAGGAUCGUACCCUGAAAAUCUGGAACUACGAGACUGCGGACCUGGAGCUUGGACAAAAGUAUCAGGACGAUCUCUACGGCGUGGCCCUCCAUCCGACCGGACUUUACUGCAUAGUCGGCUUCUCUGACAAGCUGAGAUACCUGACGAUAAUGAUAGACGAGUUCACCAUCAACAGGGAGUUUCCUAUCAGGGUUUGCAAGCAGUGUUCGUUCAGUCAGAUGGGCCACUAUUUUGCUGCAGCCAACGGCAACUUGAUACAAGUAUACUCCAGCAUCACCUUCGACAUGUACUAUAACCUCAAAGGUCACAACGGUCGCAUCACCGGCAUGAGCUGGACCAUGGACGACAAGAAGCUAUCCACCUGCGGCACAGAGGGCGCUGUCUACGAAUGGAACGUAACGGAGUCGAAGAGAACGGCAGAGACCAUCAUCAAGACCUGUCCCUUCAACGACUGCGUGGUGACCUCUGACGGCAAGUCAACCAGCGCGGUCGGUAAAGACGGGCACAUCAGGGAGCUGGUGAAUUCCGCCGUCUACAGGGACGUGGUGCUGUUGAACAACAGCCCCCUGGAUUGCAUCGUCCUGAGCAGGCUGGACACCAUGCUGUUCGUGUCUGGUAAUAACGGGGUGGUGUACAGCGUGAAGCUACCGUUGAUGGAGAAGCUGGAGUAUCUGGAGUUCACUAUGCAUAGUUCCACUGUUACCAACAUGCUUAUAUCGUCCAACGACAAAUACAUCCUGACCGGUGCCCAAGACGGCAGCAUCUGUUUCUGGCGCAUCCUGAACACCGAAAGCAAGGCCAUAAAGGUGGACAAGGAGUUCGCCGUGGCCAGGGAGAUCCUCAUCUCCAGGGAGGUCCUGGAGGACAAGCUGAACCAGAUCAGGGACCUGCACCUCCGCAUGCACGAGCUGGAGACAGAGUUCGCCUACCAGAUGCGCCAAAACGACGUGGUGCACAACCUCAGGAUGAAGGACGUGCACCAGGGCUACUGCAGCGCCAUCGAGGAGCUCAAGGAGAAGAACGAGCAGCUGGAGUCGGACCACCAGCAGGAGCUGCACAACAUCAACAUGGAGAUCAACAAGAUGAAGCAGACCCACGAGCAGUUCGUGCACAAGCUGGAGGCGAACUACAACGAGAAGCUGAUCUACGAGUACGACAAGUAUAUGAGGCUGGAGGAGAAGAUGGACAAGAUGCGCCUGGAGUACGAGCAGCAGCUGGAGGACCUGAGGCAGUUGAAGGCCGAUACGGAGGAGGCGAUCACCAACGGGUUCUUGGAGAAGCUGCAGGAGAAAGACGCUCAGCAUGACGAGCUGAUCGAGCAAGCCAGGCAGCGUACGGAACAGCACGAGCUGAUCAAACAGCAGAUUGAGGACGAUGCAGAUCGCGAAAUCUACGAGCUCAAGGCUGCCCACGAGAAGGAGCUCAAGGAGGAACAAGACCUGAACGUGAGGAUCAGAGGCGAGACCGCCAUGGUCAAGAAGAAGCUGAUCACGUCGCAGAAGGAGAUAGACGACCUCAAACACACCGUCUAUCUGCUGGAAAGCGACCACACCAAGUUCAAGGGCGUCAUCGUGGACAGGGAAAAGGACAUAAUGGAUCUGAAGAAGGAGAUAGCCGAGAGGGAUCAGACCAUACAGGACAAGGAGCGGAGGAUCUACGAUCUGAAGAGGAAGAACCAGGAGCUGGAGAAGUUCAAGUUCAUACUGGACUUCAAGAUCAAGGAGCUCAAGUCGCAGAUCGAGCCUAAGGAGAGGACCAUCAGGGAGCAGGUGGAGCAGAUCAACGAGAUGGUGAAAGAGCUGGAGAACCUGCAGAAGAUCAUCCUCAGUCUGGAUCUCCAGCUGGACGAGCUGAAGGAGAAGCUGGCGGCGUCGGACAACGAGGUCAGGAUCGAGGUGGCGAAGAACAGGAGGAUGAAGGAGGCGUUGAAAUCGCUGAGGAACGACAUUCACAAGGCCAGCGGUUAUAUACAGGACGUCCCGAUGCUUAUAAAAACCAUCACGAACAUCUACCACAAGUACAAUGCAGACAAAGACUUCGCAAUGACCCAGGAAGAAGACAAGGAAGCCAAAGGCGAAUUCCUCCGACAAAGAGAGUUCUUGGAGAGAACUGUCAGUACCCUAAAAGAGAGGGUCAUCAGGAACCAAUCCAGUGUGGGUGUCGACAAGUUUAGAUUGGUCGAAGAGAACGCCUUGCUACUGGUCGAAACCAACAACUUGAGAUUCAACCUGAAGAACGAACAGAAGCAAAACAAAAAAUUGCAAUCUGUGCUGGGUUUCAGCAAGAAAUAUGUUCUUCCCAGGGUUGCGCAACAGAAGCUGCACAAUGCCAUAGCGACCAGAGAGGAGAUCAGGGACGAAUACCAAACCCAGCUUGAAUCUGAUGAAAAGGCACUCGAAGUUAUGGCCGGUGAGAAUCAACGUCUCUUAAGGAUGGUUACUGGGGCCGAUGAUGAGGACGAAGACGAAGAGGAUUAUGAUGAUAAUGAUCAAGAUGAAGCGAAUGGUACUGCUGGGUAUGAUGCGGUACAAGGAGCUUUGAACUUGAAUAAAGGCGGUGUUUAUACAAGAGCAUCCGAAGAGCUAGACUGAAACUAUCCCGUAAAUUAUCGUUAUAUUCCUUAUAUGAUUUUUUUUUAAUUGAUAUACUUGUAUGUAUUUAUUUAUUUUUUUCCAAUAAAUGUGAUGUCUUCUUUGAAGUUUCA